UGUCCAAAAUGCCUCCAAAAUUAGCAAGAUUAAAGAAUACAGAAAUAUGUACUGUUCUCGAGAUCUUGAAAAAUUAUCCAAUUAUUUGGAAUAUAAAACUAAAAGAUUACUCAAACAAACCCAUGCGAGAUGGACAAGUAGCAAUGAUGCUCAUUGAUCUCGAAAAAAGGAAUUUGAAGAUGUGCGAAGAAGAAUUCCGAGCACACUUGAAAAGUAUUAAAGAUACAUACAGGAAAGAACUGAAAAAAGUGAAUAGUAGCAAGAAAAGUGGAACAGAUCCAGAUUCGUUGUACAUUCCAAGAUUGACUUGGUAUGAUUCUUUCUUACGAGAAAUUGUUAGUACAAGAAAUUCAUCAUCAAACAUGGUAAGAUUUAUUAUUUUUAAACAAAUAUCUGGAUAAAUAAAAGUCAUUUAAU